AUCCAUCGGCCUUUCCGUCUCCACAAGCUUCUCCUCUGCUCCGGCCCUCUCCCCUUCACCCCUUUGGCCCUUUCUUGACUCCCUCUCUCUACUCACAAGGAAAGCUCCGAGCCUUCUCUCUCUACCCGGGGGGAGAAGCGAGGAAGCCGGCGCCGCCUGUUGGCGUCGGGGGCUGGCAACUGCCCGGGCUCCAAGGAAUCGAGUUCUUGGAGGGCCGUUCCAUGGCGGCGCAGCGGGGUGACCAGGGGCGGCAGCUCCCGCUGAGAGGCCCCCUCAAGGCCCUGGAGGCCGACAUCCACCACGCCAACGCCAUGGCGGAUGCCAUUCAGAGGAACUAUGGUGGAGCAUGCGUGCAGAUGAGGCUGUCGUUCAGCUCCCUGGCUCCAUUCUUCCUGUACCUCAUCCAGUGGCUGGAUUGCGGAUGCUGCUAUGCUCUUCCCAGUUAUUUAGGACUCUUUCACAUUCUCAUAUGCAAGGUUUAUGCAGAUGGAGAUAGCUCAGUGUCAACAUAUGAAAGGCGGGCAAGCCUUAGGGAAUUCUAUGCGAUCAUCUACCCUAUUCUGCAGCAGCUGGAGAGUAGUCUGAUUGAGAGGGACCUGAAAGGGAAGGGUCGAUGCAAAGACAUAGUGAGUAGGAGGCGUAUGGAGGAUUGGAAAAGGCUUUCUGGCAAGGAUGUGGAAAGGGAUGAUGAAUGUGGAAUUUGCAUGGAGACAUGCUCCAAGAUGGUCCUGCCUAAUUGCAGUCAUGCAAUGUGCAUAAAAUGCUACAGGGACUGGUACAAAAGAUCAGAAUCUUGCCCUUUCUGCCGAGGAAGCCUCAAAAGAAUCCGCUCAAGAGACCUUUGGGUGCUUACAAAUUACAAUGAUGUCAUUGACCCUGCAAAUUUAGAAAGAGAAAACGUGAGGCAUUUCUAUAGUUAUAUUGACAGCUUGCCUCUUAUACUUCCUGAUAAUAUUUUCUUUUUCUAUUAUGAUUAUCUAAUAUAAUCCAGAAGCACCAUACGUUGAAUGUGUAAAUUGUGAAAUUAGAUUAAAUUGAUGUAGAUUUUCUUUGGUAGAUGAAUGGCCUUCCUGUCUUUGACCAACAUGCAUAUGUAUUUACUUGUAGGGUAGUUAGCAAUGUGACACUAAUGCAACAGUGAAUAAAAUUUGAAGGUGACAUUCAUUAUAUUGUCAAGUUCCAUUUUUGGAUCC